AUGACAGGGAUGCAGAAUAUGGGUAGUCAGCUGUCUCCCUCAACUGGAAUGGAAUUCGACGCCUCUGUUUACGAAGGGCCCCAGAUGAAGGCUGAUGAAGUCAUUGCCAUGAGAACUCUUUUUGAAGCUUGCGACACAGAUGGCUCCGGUUCCAUACCGCUUAAAGAGCUGAAGAGCCGACUUGUGGCGGCUGGGUUUGACGUUCGAGGGAGCGCACUGUCUGAAGUCCUCUGUAUUGUAGACAGCAGCGGCAGGAGAGUAGUCACCUUCCCAGAAUUCAUGCAGCUUGUGACUCCGUCGUCUGACCUUUCAUCUCCUGAAGAGGUACUGAAGACUUUCAAGCAAAUGGAUUCAGACUCCACAGGUCGCAUAACUCUUAGACACAUAUCCAGAGCACUGAAGGAAGCCAACUUCACCGGAAAUAUGGCUCAGGAUCUGUUGAGCCAGGCAGACGCUGACAAUGAUGGGUGCAUCUUGCUUCACGAGCUACAGGAAGUCUUCAGCAAGCAGACAUACCCUUAA